CUCUUCUGCAGCAGACAUAGCAUUUUUCUUCCUAACGAUACAGUUUUUCCUAAGAUUUUCCACAGAAAAAUGGCCGGAAUCGUCGUCGUUUUUGACUUCGAUAAGACGAUCAUUGACUUGGAUAGUGAUAAUUGGGUGGUGGAUGAACUCGGCGCCACCGAUUUGUUCAAUGAGCUCCUCCCUACGAUGCCAUGGAACUCGCUCAUGGAUCGUAUGAUGGCAGAGCUCCAUGCACAAGGGAAAACCAUUGACGACAUCGUUGAAGUCCUUAAACGCGCUCCGAUUCAUCCCGAUGUCGUUCCUGCCAUUAGAGCCGCUCACGCCCUAGGAUGUGAUUUGAGGAUUGUGAGUGAUGCCAAUAUGUUUUUCAUCGAGACGAUUUUAGAUCAUCUCGGAAUAAGAGAAUGCUUCUCCGAAAUCAACACGAAUCCAGGUUACGUCGAUGAGGAAGGAAGGCUGAGGAUUUUUCCUAUCCACGAUUUCCAUAAAUCCUCUCACGGAUGCAAUCUUUGCCCUCCGAACAUGUGCAAGGGCCUCGUUAUGGAGAGGAUUCAAGCGUCAUUAAUGGCAGAAGGAAAGAAGAAGAGGUUCAUCUAUUUAGGAGAUGGAAGUGGCGAUUACUGCCCUAGUUUGAAGCUUGGAGAAGGAGAUUUUCUGAUGCCGAGGAAGAAUUUUCCACUGUGGGAUUUGAUUAGCCAAAACCCGCUCGUGAUUAAGGCAGAAAUUCACGAAUGGAGCGAUGGAGAAGAGUUGGCGAGGAUCUUAUUGAACUUAAUCAAAACCAUUUCCAUGGCGGAAAAUGCUCAGUUCUUGGCUCCUCAAGAUAUGGGUGUUCCUGUGUACGAAGCUCUGCCUUCGCCCACACCAAAACCAGCCAUGGUGGCCAAUUAAACUCAAUUAUACGAAUACCCAAUUUCUCAACCAAACAACAGCAUCUACCGAUUUACUUUUUUUUUGGGUUUAAUUACUUUAAGUAUGCAGUGAAGAUUAUGUAUAGUUGAAGGUGUAAUUUUGGCAAACGCCAUACACCAAUCAGGAAUUUGAACCAUAGUUUUAAUUUUCCAA